CCGGCCCCUCAGGAUCCGGCCCGCCACGUCACGCUCAGGGCGCGUCUAGCUGAGGGGGAGGCCAUGGCGGAGCUCUACGUGAAGCCGGGGAACCGGGAGCGCGGCUGGAACGACCCGCCUCAGUUCUCGUAUGGCCUGCAGCAGCUUCAGGCUUCCGGGGCAGCAGGAGGCGGCGGCGGCGGCCGCGGCGGCAAGCGGGGGAUCCUGACUCGACGCCCGGCAGCGGCUCCGGGAGCAGCACCGGCGCCGCCUCCUCACGGGCCAGCACCUGGUCCGGAAAGUGCUACCUGCUCAGCAGCAUUGUCAGCUGUUCCACCGCCACCAGUGGGCUUGCCUCCUCCUGGUUUGCCAGGCCGCUCUAUGAGGGUAGAUGCCACAAACCAACCUGUCACUGAGGCUGGAGAGGAUUGCCAUGUGGAGGAUGUUCUUGCCCCCUUGAAUGAGGCCCUGGCCAAUUGCAGGAGAUCUGUACCAAAACAGGUUUGUGAUGACAUCAGCAAGCGCUUAGGAAUCCUGCAGCAGAUGUGGGUACAAGGGAAACUCUCUGCCCCAGUGAGAAAGGGAAUGAAGAUUCUGACACAAGAGCUCAAGAGGCGGCACUGGGAUGCAGCUGAUGAGAUCCAUCGCUCACUAAUUGUGGACCAUGUCACUGAAGUGAGCCAGUGGAUGGUAGGAGUGAAAAGGCUCAUUGCAGAAACAAGAAACCUGCAUACAGAGGAUCUGGCCACAGAAGAUUACGAGCAAAAAAUUGAAACCUCUUUGGAACCAGAAUGCCAGUUAGAUUAGGCCAGGUCCAAGGAGUUGGCAGUAUAAGACUGGGCCCGCAGGGGACUGAUUUCCUAAGCAGCAGAGGAAGGUGUUUUCUCUCCUGAGCAUUGGUGACCUACUCAAGUUAAUUUUAGCCAAUCUGACCAAAGCUCAAAGCCUAAGGAGAAAUCUCUCAAGUAAGAUGGAGAAUUCUGUGCAGCUAUUUGAAAUUGGUGACUGUGGUUAAAAAUAGCCGGGCCUUUCUGGACUUGGUACAAAAUGGAAGGAAGUGACUUGGUGAUGCAGUUGUAAUGCAAGUAUACAAUGAAAGUCCAGACCGAAUAUAUGUGGUACUGAAACUAAGAGCUUGCACUUACAGCUACUGUGAAGUGCUGCUCUGGAUAAGGUUCCUGGUCUUCACCUACAGGCAACGACCGAUUUACAUGUGACUGCACACAUGCACACUGCGGCAACCCAGAAGUGGCUGGAAAAGGGGGCGGAUUGGGGAGGCGUGGGCUUGUGCAUGCUCCACCAUUGCACACGAUGACCCCAUGCAGAUCGGGUUGCAUGUACCUUGUAUUUUUCAUUCAAAUCUUUCCAGGAAAACGUAGACUGUACAAAAGUGAGGUCUCAUGUUUCCCAGCAAUUGCAUCUCUGUCCUCAGCAAUUCAACCAAAAUGAGAGGAUAGAUGCUAUUUUUAUUUUAUUUUAAAGGAACCAUUUUUCACUGCAGUGUCUUCAUUGUAGAGGACAUUGUGCUGCUAUAAUUUUUUUACUGUAACCCUCUACUGGCUUCCAUUCAACCAGUUCCCUCUGUGAUGUUCUUUCCACAUGCCCUUGGGGCAGUGUGGAGAGUAUGAUGACAACAGUUGCUGUGCAUCCUGCUUCUUAAACUGCAGUUUAAUGCUGGAAGUAAUUUUUCCAUUGUGGCAACUAUUGAAGGUUACUAUAGCAAUUCAAUAGUAAAAUUCCAUUAACCUUUGGGUGUUAUUCAGCAAUGAUCCUUCUGAUUGGCUGACAGCAUUUAUAAGUUUUUGUGGAUUUUUAAAACACCAUUGGAAAACUGUGUACACAAUUUCAAGGUAACAUUACACUUUAUUUCCACUUUAUCUCACACGGGGCUCAAACCCACAACCCUGAGAUUAAGCAUCUCACAGUCUACCGACUGAGCUAUGACAGCUCAGCGACAGCAUCUGUAAGUUAAGGCUUAUGUUGUUACCUUAAUUUUGCUAAUUCUUAGAAACAAGUCCUGUAUCUUAACUUGUAUAAUACACAUAUUAAACGAGUUCCCAGCUUCCAGCUGCAAAUGGGCCUUUUAAAUGCCUUGCUGUACACAAGCAUAACAGCAGCUAGAAGCAAACGACACCUCAGAAACAAGGUGUCAAGUCUGCAUCCUCCAUCUAGGCUUUACUGGACAUUGCCAACAGUCUACAUGUUGGCAUGAUUCACACAUUAUGCUAAGCCAAACCAUGGCUUAGUAUGGGCAUGUGGGCUCUGAGAGAAGAGACAGCAGCCACUUCGCUCUUCUGCCAUGCUGAGCUAAGCCAUAGUUUAGGCUUAGUGUGUUGUCUGAACCCAGACUCCUGGUUUAGCUCUCUCCAGACUAACCCAUGGAGUUGUGACCAAGGUUUGCUCUAUGAUUUUGCUCCUCUUAUCUCGUUUUCCAAGAACCACCUCCCAACACUGCAACAGCAACAGAAAAACAAUAGCAAUUGUAUUCAGUGAUUGAUUUCCCAAUGUUUUUGAUUCAGCUGCCCUGCCUUGGUUUCUUACCUACUAGAGGCAAUUUGCUCUACAAAUAUACUAUCCAAAGGAGUCAAAUUGCAAGUCAGUGACUAGGGCAAAGAUGGAGCACUGGACUAGCCAUGAAGCUCACUGGGUGACCUUGGGCUCCUUCACUAGCUCUAAUCUGCCUCAGGGCUGGAAGGAGAAAGCUGGGGAGCUUGGUCAUAAUUGUGCGUAAAAAAUAAUAAACUGCUAGAAUCCUAGUGUGGUUUGUUAAAGGACUCACAUUUUAUGUAGAAUAAAAAUACGGCCAUAUCCAUAUAUUAAAAUACCAUACAGGAAAGGUGAGUGGCCACAGAUGGGACUUGUUCUUUGGUGGGUCCCAUACUUUAGACCAGUGCUCCCCAACCUUUUUAUCACCGCGGACCAGUCAACGUUUGAUAAUUUUACCACGGCCCGCUGAGGGGGGAACGUUGAUUGUUUAUAUUUUAUUUAGAUUGUUUUGAUUUAAUUAUUUUAAUUUAAUUGUAUUUAAAUGUUCCUUGGGUGGCCCGGUGCCAAUCGAUCCACGGACCGGUACCGGUCCGUGGCCCGGGGGUUGAGGACCACUGCUUUAGACCUGUAGUUUCUCAAUGUAGACUCUAUACUGUACUUAUAAACAGUUAGGAGUUCUCCAGGGUUCAAACAGAGCUUUCUCAGCCUUAUGUAGAAAUGCUGGAGGCCAAACCUGGACCUUCUGCAUGCAGAACAUAUGUUCUACCAUUCAGCUAUGAUCCUUCCCAAAGAUAAGUUUUAGGUACCACUUAUAAAUGCUUUAGCUUUUGGCAGCAUUACAUUUGAUUGGCACUUUUUUGUGUACUGGUAUUUAGUUUUAAUCUAUUGGCAUGAUUAUUUUCAAUUUUAAUGGUUUUAAAACCAUCUUUGGGUAGUAGUCAAAUAAAUUUUACUCAAAGUAGACCCAUUGAAAUUAAUGUGACUACUCAAGAAAGGCCAACAACAUAUGAUGCUGCAGUGAAAAAGGUACUUGGCAGCCUUUGAGCAAAUGAUUUUUACCCACAAUACCUAUGCCACGGCAUGUUUCCCAAAUUCAUAAUUAUAGGCUACUAGCUGGCCGCAUUGCUGUGUUUCCCCCACCCUGUCCCGACUCAUGACAUACCCCGCCGCCUCCCCCCACCCCCCGGUUCAUCCCUGUGAUUCCCCCCACCCUGUCCUGACCCAUGAUCUAUUCCAGGCAUCCCCAAACUUCGGCCCUCCAGAUGUUUUGGACUACAAUUCCCAUCAUCCCUGACCACUGGUCCUGUUAGCUAGGGAUCAUGGGAGUUGUAGGCCAAAACAUCUGGAGGGCCGCAGUUUGGGGAUGCCUGAUCUAUUCCGUCCCCUCCUUCCCCCAACACCCACCCAGGCAAGUCCCCACCUCCAUUCGGCCUAGUCUGUAAAGGCGAGCAGAGGUGCUGUGGAGAGGGAAGGUUUUCUAGCUGCAGUAGCUGUGCAGCCGCCGCUAGAGGGUGCUGUUUUGCAACCUCUUUUGGCUUUUCCCCAGCAUGCACUUUUGGGUGAGUUGUGUGUUCUGAAACACAGGGUUUUGGGGUUUUUACCUUGCACAGGUGUGACAUCUGUCUACGCAAACUGUAUAUGCUUCCUCUCACAGUAGCACGGGACAUUGUGUGCAAAUUUGAACGCUAUCGGUUAAGGGGUUUCAGUGAAACACACCCACAUGCCCUUUUUACAUUUUUAUAUAUAUAGAUUGGCUGGGCUAGA